GUGCUGCACACUGAUGCGCUCUCGUAUCCUUCACUGGCAGGAUAAGCAGCAGACUGCAAGCUAUUGAGAUGGGCUGCUUUUGAAAAUAUACAAAAAUACUUCAGUCUCAAAUAGAGCCCAUUAAACAUAGCAGGACCUCGACAAGCGUCCGACCUUUGACUUUAACAGUAUUGACAGAAUGGCGAGGAAAGGUUGGGAUGUGAAAUCUUUGGAACAACUGUAGUAUCACAGUGAAGCACACACUUGUUUCCUCAGUAUUUACCUCAUACAUCAAAAUGAAAUUAAGAAAUGAAAUAUAAGGUUUUUGGUGAAGUUUCGGUUUAGUGGCGAAAGCUUUGGGACCGUCAGCGCUUCUCGUAGUGGGGCGAGAGCUGACCAUGUCGGGUGUCCCGACCCCUCCUCCUCCAGGGGAGAUGGCCAGUGGCCCUGUGGCAGAAAGCUGGUGCUAUACCCAGGUCAAGGUUGUAAAGUUUUCUUACAUGUGGACCAUAAAUAACUUUAGCUUCUGUCGAGAAGAGAUGGGUGAAGUAUUGAAGAGCUCUACCUUCUCCUCAGGACCUAAUGAUAAAAUGAAAUGGUGCCUGCGGGUCAAUCCGAAGGGACUCGAUGAUGAAAGUAAAGAUUAUCUAUCGCUGUAUUUGCUACUAGUUAGUUGUCCGAAAAGUGAAGUCAGAGCCAAGUUCAAGUUUUCUUUACUGAAUGCUAAAAGAGAGGAGACAAAAGCUAUGGAAAGCCAAAGAGCCUAUCGGUUCGUCCAGGGCAAAGACUGGGGCUUCAAAAAAUUUAUUAGAAGAGAUUUUCUGCUUGAUGAGGCAAACGGGCUGCUACCAGAUGAUAAACUCACAUUAUUCUGCGAGGUGAGUGUUGUCCAGGAUUCAGUGAACAUCUCCGGACAGUCCAAUAUGAACAUGCUGAAGGUUCCAGAAUGCCAGUUGUCCGACGACCUGGGGAACUUGUGGGAGUGCUCAAGGUUCACGGACUGCUCUCUAUAUGUGGGCGGGCAGGAGUUCAAAGCCCACAAAUCCAUUCUGGCAGCAAGAUCACCGGUGUUUAAUGCCAUGUUUGAGCAUGAAAUGGAAGAGAGUAAAAAGAACCGAGUGGACAUCAGUGAUGUGGAACCAGAGGUUUUUAAGGAAAUGAUGGGCUUCAUAUACACAGGCAAAGCACCCAAUUUAGAGAAAAUGGCUGAUAGUUUAUUAGCCGCUGCUGAUAAAUACGCUCUGGAGCGUUUAAAGGUCAUGUGUGAGGAAGCCCUUUGCAACAGUCUCUCGGUGGAGAACGUGGCAGAUACCCUCAUCCUGGCCGACUUGCACAGCGCUGAGCAGCUCAAAGCACAGGCCAUAGAUUUUAUCAACAGGUGCAGUGUCCUCCGACAGCUGGGCUGUAAAGAUGGGAAAAACUGGAAUAGCAACCACGCCACGGAUAUAAUGGAGACCGCAGGGUGGAAGUCAAUGAUCCAGUCUCAUCCUCACUUAGUGGCAGAGGCUUUCCGCGCGCUCGCGUCAGCACAGUGCCCCCCCUUCGGCCUGCCAAGGAAGCGCCUAAAACAGUCCUGAAAACAUUACUGCUGCUCUCUGGGGCCUGUCCUGGGACAAACGCCAGAAAACCACAGAGUUUCAACUCUAUCCCAUCGUCCUCCAGCCGAAAGCACGCGACUGGGAAAGAAAGUCCCGAGCGAUGGCUUCGGCAGCCGAGCUUUAUUUUGCGAAUCUUACAGUCACUUCAAACAGCCUUAAACUAUCUGCCAUGACUCUUGUGUGGAGCGUUCUCUCAGUUCUUCUCUGUGCCUGCCUUGUCCCACGAGACCAGGCCUCUUCCCUGUUGCACUAUAGUUCCCAAAGUCUUGCUGUUUUGAUAUGGAAUGCUUCAGAAGGGAAAUAAUAUAUUAUUCCUUAUGUUUAGUUGUGAAACUAGACAUUUAAUAACGUUAACAUGAUGAGCGCAAGGUCAUUUCUUUAUCGUUUUGGAAAAGAUAGAUAUGCCCCAUAUUGAUGGCACGAUUUCUAUGUGAAAACACGUGGGGAUGAAAAAUGCUAGUACUAUUCCAUAUUGUGGACAAUAUGCAUUUCAGAUGUGUGUAUCGAUGUGUGUAACAAACGGAAUUAUUGUUGAGUCUCGCCCCUUAACGUAUGACUAAAUCAUGCAGUGACAUUUAGUCUUUUAAAUAUGAACAGUGUUUUUAAUGUUGCUUCCCUGGAGAUGGUCUGCAAUACAGACUAGUUUCAAGUUGUUGUUAGUAAGGUGAAUGGUUGGCCCACAAUUGCAUUCAACUGAUCGAACUGUAGUCGAGACAAUCCAUCUUUAAACACACUGUCCUCUGUAAUCAGGAAAUAUUUGGAUGCUGAGCAUCGGAGUGUGCCAUUAUUACUGUGUAUGUCGUAUGGAUGGAUUGAGAAGGACAGAUCAUAAGCUGUUGUGUUACAGUCAAACUGACAGAAUUUUCGAGGACGGGGUGUCAUGCUAUACCGACUUGUUCUGUUAAAGGACAUGUUUUGUGAAGAUUCUGGAGUUUGUUUCACCUUUUAAACAAAUACGGUCUGCAAGAAUUCCUGCAUUAACUCAUUAAAAGUUUUUCAGCAUUCAGAGGUGUUUUGGAAAUCAUUGUAAGACACUCCAUUAUAAUAACACAUUUAAAGGAUCAGUUCACCCGAAAAUAAAGAUUUUGUCAUCAUUUACUCA